UUUUUUAAUUAAAAAUAUUAUUAAUCAAAUAUAUUUAUUCAAAUACAAAAAAAACAAAAGAAUAAUAAUGUAAACUAAAAUAAUCCAAAACUCACACACAAAGGUUCUUACUUGCCCUAGUAAUCCAAAACCCACGAGGUUUCCUAUCCCCUUUCGCAAUUUACAAGGACUUUCCACUAUUUAUUUAUUUUCAUUUUUCUUUUCUCUUUAAUUAUUAUUAUUAUUAUUAUUAUUAACUAGUACAAUAUACACUACGUAUUUAACUUGAUUUUUUUUGGUUUUUUUGGGUUUAAUACUUUUAUGGCAUCCACUAUACAGUUAAAUAAUAAGAAAAACAUGUGAUUAAUCCUAACAUAAUACCAAUCUCCAAAUCCAACAAAAACACAAACUUUUUUCUUUCAUUUUCUCUCUCCUCUUUUGAUACCCUUCUUCACUUCUUCACUUUCCCACCAUUUGAUCUCACCUUCUCCCAAUUUAUUUGCCCCCUUCACUUAAAUUAGAUCUAAAUGCAUAUUAUUAUGUUAAUUAGUUAAGAUUAACACCCAUCUUCAUCAUCUCUUAUUCCAUUAAUUUUGGAGUUUAUAUCAUUAACUACUUCAUUUGAUGCUGCUUCAGCUUCACUUAUGAGCUCCAAAACUCACAAAAAGAGAAAAAGGAAUCAAUUUGGGAAGAUGGAAGAUGGAAUUCAUCAAUUGGCUAAAUCAAUAAGAAAAAGGUUUGCAGAAUUACCCCCUCUUUCUUCCAAAUGUUGCAUUUAUAGAGUCCCUAGAACACUAAGAAAUGUCAAUUUGAGUGCCUAUAAAUCUUGUCUUAUUUCAAUUGGGCCCCUCAAUUAUGGUGCUAAAAGGUUACAAGGAUUACAAGAGCAAAAAUUAAGGUAUCUCCAAAAUUUUCUUAGGAGAAAUGAGAGGAAAUCACUCAAGGAUUAUCUUAAAGCUAUUAAGGAAUGGGAGAAUGAUGUAAGAGAGUGUUACAUGGAGAGUAUUAAUUUGAGUAGCGACGAGUUUGUUGAAAUGUUGUUACUCGACGGGUGUUUUAUUAUCGAGUUUUUUUUGAGUUGGUAUUGGGAGACAUUAGAUGAGAAUGAUCGUAUUUUUGGUAAGCCGUCUUUAGAACAUGUAAUUAGACGUGAUUUAUUGUUGAUUGAGAAUCAACUCCCUUUUUUCGUGCUUGAAAAUUUAUAUGGGCUCGUCUUUGAUGGCGAAGAUGAGGAUGACGAGUCUUUUGAGAGUUCAAUCCCGUUUAUUGAUCUUACUUCCGAGGUCAUAAUUGGUAGAAGGGAGCUUCCAAAGAAGUUCAAGAAGCGCGAAAUUUUGCAUUUUGUUGAUUUUUUGAGAACCCAUCUCCUCCCUAAAGAGCUUAGGGACCCUAAUAAUGUCCCAUCACGCGAUGAUGCGUGUUGGGAGUUUCCUCCCGGUGUAGGGGAUCUUCAUGAUGCAGGGGUAAAAUUUGCAGUAAAUAAAAGCGAUUCUAUGCUCGAUAUAGAGUUCAAAGACGGUGUUUUGUACAUUCCGAAAUUAGAGGUGGAAGAUCACACGGAAUCAAUUCUUCUAAACUUAUCGGCGUUUGAGCAAUGCCACUACCAUUCCGACUCUUACGUUGUGGAUUAUGUCCUUUUGAUGGAUGUACUAAUUACCACUCUAAAGGAUGUGAAUCUUCUUCUAAGUAGUGGGAUCAUAACGAACGCCUUAGGCAACAAUGACGAAGUGGCACACUUGUUUAAUACCAUAUGCAGAGAAACAAACUAUGAAGCUCACAACUUUUAUUACACUAAAAUAUGUAGGCGAUUGGUUGCUCACUCGAAAACGCCUUGGAAUAGGUGGAAGGCAACUUUGAGACACGAUUACUUCAACAAUCCUUGGACUAUAAUUUCGGUCAUUGCUGCUGUUGUAUUGCUCAUUCUUACUGUCAUACAAACUGCUUGUACCGUUAUUGCUUUCAGACGUUUGUGAUUGUCUGAUUGAUAAUCUUAUAUACGAGUUUUUGCUGCAUUGAUGGCCUUAUUGCCCUAUAUAUGUCAACAAGCUUUUUGAGUAUAAUCAUGUUUGGUCAUUGCUCUUAGAGUUCCCUUAUUUCUUUUACC